CCUCGUCAUCGAUCAAGGAAAAGAGGGAGCCGCAGAAUCCGAAUUUAAAGCCCUUAGCGCACAGAAGCUAAGGAGGAAGGGAGAGCUCGAACACCCCGACAAACCCAUCCAUCUGGAGAGACAGGAUAGAAAUGGGGGGCUGCGGUGCACCGAAGUGCCAGUGGUAGGGCUGGAGGGAAGCAGAUCGAGUCGAGCAGGUGUUAGUGUAACCCAACGCAUCAUCGCAAUCAGGAGAAUGGAGGGAGAAUGAAAAGUGGCGGCGCUGUGCCCGUUGAAGUGAACCAUCAAACCAGUCAGUGCCUCGCCGAACCGGGGCUGGACGCGGGGCGAGCUCAGCAUUCACGGCGACUCCCUGUCAGAUCAGGUCCCCGUCUUUCUCUACAGCUCCAGCAUGACGGACAUGCUGUUUAUCAUCGCUGUCAUUCUCCACUUCACUCAGGCACCUGCUUGCCCAUCUGGAUGCCGCUGUUACAGUCUAACAGUUGAGUGUGGCUCUCUGGGGCUGCAGGAGAUUCCAGGUGAUGUCCCAUCCACCACUCAGACCAUUUUCCUCCAAGACAAUGCCAUCGGUCAGAUUCGUCAGCAAGACCUGUCCAGGCUGGGCCAACUUCACUACCUCUACUUACAAAACAACAGCAUUUCCGCGCUGGAGCCCGGUGCCUUCCGCAGCCAGAACGAACUCCUAGAGUUAGCCCUUAAUGGAAACCGCAUCCACUUGGUGACAGGCAAUGUGUUCCAAGGCUUGGAGCACCUGCGCAUCCUGUACCUGUCGGGGAAUCAGAUUACAAGACUACAUGACUUCACUUUCCGGGGCCUGCAGAGGUUGCAGGAACUCCACCUCCAGGAGAACAGUGUGGAGCUACUGGGGGAGCAGGCCUUAGCUGGCCUCUCCUCCCUAGCCUUGCUGGACCUGAGUCGCAAUAACCUGCGGACUCUGAAUCAGGCCUCCCUGCGUCCUCUCAUCAGUCUUCAGGUCCUGCGAAUCACAGAUAACCCCUGGCGCUGUGACUGCGCACUUCAUUGGCUGAGAAGCUGGAUUAAUGAGGAUGGCCAACGGCUUCUGAGUUCUGCUGACCGCCGAGUAAUGUGUGCCGAACCCCCACGGCUGGCACACCAGAGCUUGGUUGAGGUGCCAGGGAACAGUCUCAUCUGCAUCCCACCCAUCGUGCAGCUGGAGCCCAACCACCUGACAGUACGGCUGGGAGAGAAUCUGCGAGUUUCUUGCCAGGCAUCGGGUUACCCGCAGCCUCAAGUCACCUGGAGAAAGGUAGCUCAGGCUAAAUCUGACCCCUCGCCCAAAAUAUCUUCAAGUGGGCUUGCAGCUGGGGGUAAGGGGCUCGCUUUAGAGCCUGGCAAAGGUGGCAGAGGAGAACGCUUUGACCCUGACACUGGCAGUGGAAUGCUCUUCCUCAGCAAUGUGACUGUGGCGCAUGCUGGCCGUUAUGAGUGUGAAGCGUGGAAUCCUGGAGGGGUAGCAAGAGUGACCUUUCAUUUGUCCAUCAACCUCUCCUCUGCUGGGAAUCAACAUGCUCGCGCCUAUCCAGCUGUAGACAUUAGCCAGGAACCGUUGUAUGACUUGGAGAGUAUGGAUUUUAAUGCACUCAGCAUGGCCACACAGACCACAAUUGCAAUCGGAAUUUCCCUUUUAGCUCUCACCGCGCUUCUGCUCAUUGUCAUGAUAUACAAUCGUCACAAGCAUCGUAAGAAAGGACAGAAAGAGGAAAACAUACUUUAUGUCAAUGAUUACUCAGAUGGUCCAACCACCUUUGCCCAGCUAGAAGAAUAUCGCGAUGAGAGGGGCCAUGAAAUGUAUGUGCUGAAUCGCAGCAAGCCAGUCUUCCCCGCUAGCUACAGUGGCCAGCAGGGGGUGCUAACACCUGAGCAACUCCAGGAUCAGGCAACUCAAACACUGGAAGUGGGAAUGGGGUCAGGGACUAGGGAAGGGGGUGAGGAGGAGGAAGAAGAGGAGGAAGAAGAGGAGGGUCUUUUCAUAAACCAGAGUUUGCUUUUCGACACGCAAAUCGCUUAUGAGAUUCAUUGCUGAAAGUGAUGGAGGCCAGGCUAAAGCGUGGCCUUCUUGGGAUACGGACCACACCUAAGGAUAAGAGACUCCAGAAUAAUGACUUGUCAAGAAAGGCCACCACUUUGAGACGAUGCCUAGGCUUUACAACUAAAACCAAGAUACUGUGACAAGAUUUUAUCCUUCUCUUCGCUUACAGAUUAUGUAAUUUGGUUUCUUUGCAGAAAGUUUUCACUGUAGGACAUCUAAGUUAAAUUUCAUUAGCUGCCUACAUAUUGUUAAUCUGUGCUUUGCACACCCUGGGACAUUUGGCUGUAAAGCUUGGUUACUCCACUCAGUCCUUAGCGGGCUACAGUUGGCAAAGGUUUUUGUUAAAGCCAAUCCCUUAAGAAGCGCAUCUUACUGAACUAAUUUUUUAAAUCAGACAUGUUUCUUAUCAGAGUUCAAAUUCUGAAAGGCAACCCUAAAGCUGGACUAAGCAGUUUCAAUAGAGAGAUGUGUGCGCUCAAUCUGGGCUUUUGUUUUCUAUGAGAUUUACUAAACUUGAACAAAUAUUAUUAAGUACACCUGUAUUCAGCCUCUAUGACAUGUCCCUUAUAUUUUCUAUCUAAACAUUUUUAGUUGGGAACAUUCAGAUUCAAUAAACCAAUACAGCUCAUGAUGGAGAGCCUCAUAGUCGCUAUUACUUGCAAUUGAACGUGCUGAAUUUAAUUAAUUUCGCCCAUACAACACAGGAAAUUUCCAGGAUAGCCCACCUCAGCAAUUUGCUUAGUCACCCAUACCAUGGCGACACAACAUUUGACAGGAUUAAUAGCACCUAUACAUGAAAUUAUUACCCCAGAUAAGAAGAUGGGCAUCCUGAUAGGUACUCAAAAGAUCUAAAACACAAUACAUUAGUGAAUGGCAAUGGUUGAGUAUUCAGUUCAUGCUUUAUACUUUCUCGAAUACGAAGUAUAGGGAAAGUAUUGUAAUCAUCCAAAAUUUGUUGUCAAGAUUUUGAAGAAUCUCAAUGUUUUAGACCUCUGUGACUUUCUCGUAUACGAAGUAUAGGAAAGGUAUUGGACUCCUUCAAAAAUUCCAUUUCAAGAUUUUGAUGAAUCUCGACGUUUUAGACCUACCUCAGUCCGAAAAUACCAUUUUUGGAAUUAUGUCUGUGUGUGUGUCUGUGUGCGUAUGUGUAUGUAAUCACGAUAACUUGAGUACGCUUUCACUUAGGUCAACCAAAUGUUGCAUACAAAUGUUAGGUACAAAACGUAGAUUUCUAUCAACUUUUGGGCUAUUUCCGCUAACUGGAAGUGGUACUUUACCUUUUAUUCAUGCAGCUGCAGAGUCCGAUUUAUUCAACUUUUCUUUUAUAAUAAUUGUUCAAUAUAUUUUUCAUUUGAUUUGAUUUGUUGUUGAUGGUUCUUUAAUGUACAUAAUAUAAAAAUAUAAUAAUUUUCUUGCGGUUUACUCCUCCAAUAUCCAUCUCUAUAUCUGAGCAUACGAGAAAGUCUAGAGGGGGACCACUCCCAAUUUUUAUUUAUAGCAUUACUAUUUUGACCAACAUACUCAAAUCACAGAGGCACAUUUGGAACAUGAACACUUAGACUGAUGGGAAUUAAAAAAAUAGUUGAAUUUGAAGUAGCAAGGAUCUAAAGAUGUCCACUGCUGUAUCUUACUGUUCCUUAUUGGUGCACAAAGCUCAGUUUUCAUCAAAUGAGUACCAUAUACCCCGUCAUGUUACUGCUGUACCACUGCCAUAUGCACAAACUAUUCUAUUUACAGGUGAAAAAUACAGGGUGGUGACAACAGGGCCCCACAGUUUCUUCACUGGUUUGGACAGAGAGAGCCUCCAGUACUUCUGAAUGUGACCAAUUUUCAGACAUGUUUGAAGCAGCUAAGCUAAACAUUCCAGCUAGUCAACUGCUAAUGAAAGCUUCACAGGCGAGGGAGAAGUAUGGUACAUGAGGGUGCUUUGACGUUUUUUCCAAGAUUUUCUGACAUCUUUCACACAAAUAUUCUAAUCUGGGAAUUGUGCUAGGACCUACUGUAACUUGGCACUGACCUUCCUUGGAUUCUUGAUUUAGUUUUGUUCACUCAUGCCAUCAAUCUGGAAAGUUACUGGUAAAUUCCUAGGGUAGCCUGCAUGUUAGCCUGAUAGCCUUCUGGGGCUAAUAUAGAUUGUAUGCAGUUUAUAAUAUAAAUAAUUGCAAAAUCAACCCAUCUA